AAAAAUGCCUCUCUGAUUUCCUGCUGCAGGCUGCAGCAGUGCAUAGACUUAUAUACGUAUAUUUCUAUGCUACAAAGUGUCCGCAUUUAACGCACAGUGUUUGCGUGUGCGCGCAUUAACGCUCCAGCGGCUUCCGCGUGCUCUCCCAAGCUUUGCAGACGCGGUUCAUCUCGAAGACUUCCGGCUUCAUCACGGAGUGGGUCUCUGUUGGCCCGGGCUCCUCCAAAGAUUCUUUGGCUCAUUUUCUGUGAACAUAAACAUUAACACAGUUCCAGUGACUGAAAUGCACAUUUAUAUUUCUUCAGGAUAGAUUGAUGUUUCUCCGCCCAUGCCCGGGUUUCAAGAAUCUUCAGUCAUUUCUGCAGUUGCAGGUGAUUGGCAGGAAACUAAGGAGCAGCCAUUUUGGCUCAGUUUGCCCACUAAUGAGGAAUAAUGGAUUCUUUGGAAAAGGAACCAAAAGGCAAAAAUGAGCCGAGCCCUGAAAGCUGUCUGGAGGCUGACGAGCCGAACCCAAGAACAGCAAAAGGAGAGCAGUCACAGAGUUGUGUUCAGUGUGGAAAGACUUUUCCUUCUGCAAAACAGCUCAGAAGUCACCAACGAACCCACAGCGGAGACAAACCGUUCAGCUGUGAGCAGUGUGGAAAGACUUUUACAUGGAUGGGUGACUUAAAAAAACAUCAACACAUCCACACUGGAGUUAAACCGUACAAGUGUGAUCAAUGUGGCAAGGCUUUUACUCGGGUGGAGUACCUGAAGACGCAUCAGCUUAUCCACAGUGGCAUUAAACCCUUCAGGUGUGACCAAUGUGGGAAGGCUUUCAAUCGUAAGGGAGCCUUAGUGGCUCAUCGACACACCCACUCAGAAAGUAAACCGUACCGCUGCGACAUUUGUGGAAAAAAUUUCAGCCAGAAACAGACUCUAAGAUUACACAAACGGCUGCACACAGGAGAGGACGUGUACUGCUGUGUUCAGUGUGGCAGACUGUUUGCGCAGUACUCUGGCUUAAAAGCCCACGAAGUUACCCACACUGGGGUUAAACCACACUGCUGCGAACAGUGUGGAAAAGCCUACAGAUAUGUCGGAGGACUAAUAGUGCACAGACGAAGUCACACUGGGGAAAGACCAUACAGAUGUGACCAGUGCGCGAAGAGUUUUAAAACCUCGGGUGCCUUACAACAACACCAACACAUCCACGAUGGAAAGAAGUCACUCAACUGCAGUCACUGUGAGAGGCAGGAGGCAGCAGAUGGAACCGAUUCUCAGCCCUGUCAGCACUGUGCCGGUGGGAAACCAUACCGCUGUGACCAGUGUGGAAGAACUUUCAGCCACCAAAGAAGCCUGCAAACACAUCAGCACAUGCAUACUGGACACAAACUGCACUACUGCAAGCAGUGUGGGAGAGCGUUUCCAUCGCCGAGUUCAGUGAAGCGCCACGAAGACCUGCACAGUAAGGCUAAACGGCACCUCUGUGACGAGUGCGGGUCGUCGUUCACCUCUGCGAGUAACCUCAGAAAGCAUAAACUGAUCCACGCUGAAGAAUCCAUUCAAGUGGUGGUUGUGUGACAGAAGCUUAUCAAACGCCACAAAUGAUUUUAUAAGCCAGCUGAUGAUGUAACCUGAACAUGAUUGGUGAAGUUUAGAGAGGGAGGAGUACAUCAGUCAGAGCCUGUAUCACAAAAACCUCACAAAACCACCAAACACACAGGUUCAAAACAGGGAUGCAAUGAUCCAGUAUUUGGAUCGGAUAUUAAUCUGAUACUGACACAAAAGCUGGAUCGGAUAAACACACAGAUCAAUUCUGGGGUCUUCCACCUUUACUUCCCCAACUCUGCUGCUAGCUCGUAGCAUAGAGGAAGCUAACAGCAGUCAGAGGUAUCUAACUGCUGCUAAUCAUAUCUUUGGGAUAUGUUUUUUGCUUAAAUGCAAACUGUGGUCAAAGUGAGUUGACAUGAUUGAAAAGAUCCAAAAACAACAAGCUCUCUGUCUCUCACUUGAUUACUUUCAUCAGGGAGACGUUACAUAAAACAGAAGCAAGAAGGAUGCUGCUUAUCCUGUUUUUAUUAUUGCAUUAAUAAAUAGCAACAGUUUACUUUAAGAUUUAGUUUGGAAAGCUGUUCCAGUGGAGUGACUCCCAGUCACUUCCUCACGGUCAGGAAAACCGCUCGUUAGCACUGGAAUCAGAUUGGCGUCAGCAGAUACACAGCUGAGUAUCGGAUGAGAUUGGAAAUAGAAAAACCUGGAUCCAUACCUGUAUCCCUGUUUUAAUAAUAAUAUGCGUGCUGUGAGAUAAUAUCAGACAUGGUGCACAACCUCUGUGGGUGAAGCUGUGGGAGCUGUUUUGGUGAUGGGGUAUAAAAAGUCCUCCAUUAGCAAGACCAGGGUGUAAUCUGUGCAUCCCGAUCCCUGCUGAUAGUCAGAGAGAGGUUUUAUUCCCAGGAACAGUGAAGUGUUCUGCUACAGUGUAGCUGUAGGAACACUUAGCACUGCAUGUAUUACAGAAGAUUGUUUUUAAAUCAUUUCUUAUGUUGAAGUGAUAAAUACAUGUUUUAUGUUCUGGCAGGAGGGUUUUUAACAGAGCAAUAUCUUGAAAUUAACAAUGUUGUAAAAACAUAACCAAAAACUUAAUAAAUUAUAUCAUCUAUAAUCAGCUUGUUUCCAGGUGCUUUAAUGAGU